CCCCCCAUGUCCUGCUGGACCAAUGGGCGGUGAUGAUCCGCGUGCGCGCGCGCUCUGUGGCGAAGUGCACACGCGAGCAGCGCUGGUGUUGACGGUCCGUGAGUGGAUUCUGCUUGAAUAAUAUUACUGACCUACAUCUCCGAGACAGGCCUGCACAUUUGAGCAAAAAUUUUGGUCGAAACGGCGAGCGCGCGAAACGAAACGGCAGGCAGGAUGAGCAAAGUACAGGGCGGCAUGAAAUGUGUCAAAUACCUUCUGUUCGUCUUCAACUUCAUAUUCUGGCUGUCGGGCUCACUGGUGUUGGCUGUGGGAUUAUGGUUGAGGUUUGACCCAGACACGGCCAACCUCUUAGCCGAAAGUGAUGCCCCUGAUAACUUCUUCAUUGCGGUGUACAUCUUGAUCGGAGCAGGAGGUGUCAUGAUGUUGGUGGGAUUCUUCGGAUGCUUUGGGGCCGUGAGAGAGUCACAGUGUCUUCUGGGAUCGUUUUUUGCUUGCCUACUGGUGAUCUUUGGCGCAGAGGUCGCUGCCGGAGUCUUUGGCUUUUUGAAUAAGGAAAAGAUCAUUCAGGAUGUAAAAAACUACUAUGAGACUGCUUUGAAAAAUAACAACGAGACUAUUGCCUCCAUGUAUCACGAUGUGCUGCUGUGCUGUGGGACUGAAUCCUCUCGCCCUCCUGAACUGUGCGCUGUAGACAGUCCUGAAGAGGAUUGUGUCACAGCUAUACAAAACUUCUUCUAUAAAAAACUCUUCAUAAUUGGAUACGUUGGGAUUGGCAUUGCUGGAAUUAUGAUAAUUGGCAUGAUCUUCAGCAUGGUUCUUUGCUGCGCCAUUCGAAACAGCAGAGAAGUUAUUUAGGCACCUCACAGUUCCCCUCUCGCCCAGUUGGACUGUUUCAAAGCCCACCUUCUUUGACCUCAUCAGACCAUCACAUUCAGGCUUGGGAGCAGGGUGGAGGAACUCCCAUGAGGCAGUGUGGGUCUUGUGGUACUGUUUUGUGAAAAGCAUUCUGUCUCUUUUCUGUUCUUUGCAUUGUUUGAAGAUGAUCGCCACUGCAUGGACUGCUACUGUAACCACAUUAACCUUUACAUUUAUUUAUUGCUGAAUCAUCACAAGGGGUACGUAGUGUACGUCUCUCUUUUUUUCAAACUCGAUCUCCUGUAAUAGAGUUCUCGCAUCUUGAGUCUUUCUUUGGUCCAGACUUUCACAGUGAAUUGGGCAUUUACUUACUGAUGUAAAUAAGCUCUCUGAUGCCUCUUACUGAUCAACUUAUUUUCAUGUUAUUGUUUUUAAUGUUAUUUAUUGCGUGUGAACUAGACCAGUACUACUAAUAGAUAACGGGUCAUAUGCUUAUUGUGUUUUGCUGGUUAUUUUGGUUAUUGUAAUUUUGCCACAUCAUAUAGAUACUGAAUGAAGCCAAGGAGUGGACGAGUAUGAUUAAAGACCUCUGACACAGAAUGUCAUGCUUAAAGUCAGCAUGAACUCAAAAUUAAACCUGCUUGAUUUAGUAACGUUCCUGGUUCUAUUGUGAAAGAAUCAUGAGUGCAUGAUAUUCCAAAGAAAAACAAUUAGCUUCAUAAUUUUUCAUCAAAAUGCUGUUUUUCUGGAAUCUUUUGAGUUUGCUAUUUUGUAGGCUAUUGGUUAAUGUUAACCAAUAAACAAAUACCCAAUUAGGCUACUGUUGUAGGCCACCUUUUUAAAAUCUUGCAAAUAAUUUUAAUGUUGCUUAAUGGUAACGUAAUAAAUAUUACAGCAAUAAUAGCAAAUAUAUAUUUGUAAAAAUGGUGUUACUGCUGAGAGGAAACUCAACCUUCAGACUCUUCAAAAUUGUUUGAUUCAUGUUGACUUUUUCCAAAUGUGGCACUUGUUUAACUUAAGUAUGCUACCCUGGUUUAUAGACAUUAUCUUACUCACUUGGCUGAUUUUGAAUCAGUUCAAACACCAGCUUUUAGAGAUAUCAACCAAUGUAAUUUGCAAAAUUACUGUAAAAUUGUUAAGCAGCCAAAUCAAAAACAUAUCUAACAUUGCUUCUUUUUAGUCGUCCGUUCAGGAAUACGACCCACUAGUUUUAUUUAUCUAUGUGCCUUUGUAACUGACAAAGUCCCAUUUGCAGUUACAGUAAUAUGCACAUGUGUGUUUGUAGUUCCUCAACUUCAGAUUUUUUUUUUUUACUCUUUUAUAGCAUUGUGCUGCAUGUAAAUAGCUUUGGAAUGAGAAAAUAUGGGCACAGGGCAAUAAACCCUGAACAACAUUAAAACAGAACUCACAAGUAAACAUUUGCUUUUUUAUUUUUGCAAUAUUGAAUAAACCAUUUCCAUUGAACAGAAA